UGCAUUUAACAAAAUUGAUUAAAUUAAACUUACAUUUAGUAGUAUUUAAGACAUGUUUCAAGUCGCACUCUGUAUAAAAUAAGCCAGUUCUAUCAACACUAUUCAAUAGCUUAGUAGCUUAUAAGUCUGUAUUUUAAACAAUUCUGAAAGCAUUGUAAACCUACCUUAAUUAUGAUAAUUUAAUUAAGGGUCUGCAUUAUUCUCUAAUUCAUAUAAAAAUGAAUUGCUUGACAAACAUGUAAUAUUAAAAAAAAUUCUAGGGCUAAAUACAGUGUUACCAAACCAUUCUAAAACUGAAAAAAAGUACAGGCUAUUAAAAAAAUAUACAUUUUAUUUGCCAGACAAAAAUCCAAAAAUUUUUAAAAUACGUAAUUUUUAAAUCCAUAUAACUUUUAUUUAAAAAUUUGUUUGCGUGGCAGUAACACAAAUUGCGAUAUUGAACAAUUAUACACUAAUGGGACACCCUGUAUAAAAAUUUUCGAGUAAGAUGGGUUUGUAAAAUGUAGGCAUGUACUUAGUUCAUCCUCUAAACAUUUACAGGAAUGGUAGCAUAGGUUGUACAGAAUAAUUGGAAAAAAACUAUAAUAGUCAUGUGUUGGACACAUCAGAUUUUCAAACUACAUACAGUACGACAAGAUUAAGAUGACAAGUCAGAAUUAGAUGCACACUGGCAAAUCUAAAAAUGGGAGGAGUUAUCUCAGUUAAUGACUGCAUUUUGGUGCUAUUGUUUCAGUGAUCUAUUUGUGUUCAUUUGUGCAGUGUUGCCAAAUUAAUCUAUUUUGAAUGUUUUCCAGUGCGCAUCUAAUUUCAGACAAUAUUAAAACUUUAAUUCCUAUAUCAUACUAAAUUAAUGUGGCCAUUAUUCUAUUAAAAGUUGAGUAUUUUGUAUAAAAACUUACAAAAAAAAGACAACCUUCAAAAAUUCCCGCCGCUCACAUCACUCCACCUGUAAAUAUUUAUUUCUAAAAAUAAAUAUCCACUAUUUGACUUUGGCAUUUUAAAACACAUUUAUGUUUUAGCAUUUACUUUAAAUGGGUAGGCAACGCCAACGCGAUAGUAAGAAGCGCACAAAGUUAGCAUCGGCUAUGAAACAAAGUCGAUCAAAAAGAACAUCUAUUGAUAUAACAAAGGAUAUUCUAACGACUUUACUGGACAAUGUUCAGGAACAAAAACAAUCUACAAAAGAUUGUAAAGCAAUUUUGAACGAUAUUUUAAAUUUAGUCGAGUCUAAAAUUGAGGAGUGCGAUCCAAGUUCUUCUCAAGAGUGUACUGAAACAUGGAAUGUUAGUCCAGCAACACCACUGUCAACUGCUUUUGAUGAUAAUCAAUGGUCAGUAAAAUAUACUGAUAUCACAAAUACAAAUAUUGAGCAAGAUUACGAAUUUUUUAAAGACCCAGUCCUAAUGAAAAAGAAGAAACUGUAAGUUUUACAUUUGUAAUAAGCUUGCGUGAACAUUAUUAGACAUUCUCGGUUGCUUUGUACCUAAAUACAUACUUAUAUCUUUAAUUGGUGUAUUAUCCUAAACAUGAUGUUUCUUUUCAUCAGGAUUGAAGAAUAUCCUCUCGAAAUAGAGUAUGUCAAAGAAGAAAGAACGAUACUGGGCUGUAGAAUUGUUGACAUCGACUAUUUUAUGAAAAGGUCAAUGUCUCUGCAACUUAAACACAGCAAACGAUGCACAAGUGGUUAUUUGCAACUAAUAAAAGAAGAACGAGUUGGCCUUCAAAGCAGAUUUAUUUUAAAAUGUAAUUUUUGCGAAAAAGAUUUGGAUAUUUACAAUGAGGAACCCAGCAAUGAGAAGAGUUCCACAUUAAAUAAAGCUGUAGUGUGGGGAACCUUAGCCACAGGCAGCACUUAUUCACAUACCGAUAAACUUUUUAGUGUUUUGAACAUACCAUUCAUUUCAAAAUACAGUUUCUAUAAAAUACAGAGAGAAUUAAGCACGGUAAAAAUAUCUUAGAACUGUAAUACAUCACGAUGCAUUUUUAAUUUUCAUGUUUUCCACAGAUUUGGCAGAGUUGUUUAUGGAAAGUUAUGGAAGAAUCUGGAAAGGAAGAGCACAAUGCCGCCAUUGAUAGAGGAGAUGUUGACAGUGAUGGAAUACCGUUUAUAACUGCCUAUCUCGACGGAGGCUGGUCUAAACGAAGCUAUGGACACACAUAUAAUGCUCACUCGGGCGUUGUAAGUAUUUGAUAUUACAAAUAAAAGUGAUACGGAUUUGACAAUUUGCAUGAUUAUUUUUUAGGCAGUUAUAAUCGGCAAAUACACUGGUAAAUUGUUAUUUGUUGGUGUGCGUAACAAGUACUGCUGUAUUUGUAGCAAAGCACAAAAUAUGGAAAUAUCACCAAAAGAGCACUUAUGCUUUAAAAACUGGUCUGGUUCAGCGAAUUCUAUGGAACCAGACAUAAUAGUGGAAGGUUUUAACAGCAGUAUUUUGAUGCAUAAUGUUAGGUACAAAAAAUUUAUCGCAGAUGGAGAUUCUGCAGUAUUUAAUAGAAUUAAAGAAAAAGUUGACUAUGGGUCACAAGUAAGUUAUUUUUGGAUGCUAUGAGUGAAUUUUUUUAUUUUUUUUUAAUUUAGGUGGAAAAAAUAGAAUGCAUGAACCAUGCAUUAAAAAAUUAU